AUGAAUAUUGAAAUUUGUAUAACACUUUUUUUAGGUAUCCGUAAAUCAAAAACUAAAUCAUUUAAACAAUCAUUUAUUUUAUUUUUAGAUAAACGUUCUCUAUCAAAAUUGAAUAUGUCUCAAAUUUGUCGUCUUAUACCUCGUACAACAUGGAGCGUACUCUAUAUAUCACGUAUGAGUGCACAUAAUCUUCCGCCUGGUACACCUAUUAAAGUAUAUGAAGCUAAAAGUGGACAUCAUAUUGUUUCUGGUUCUGGCCAAUUUAUUGCUACAGAUGGGCCGUCUACUACAUGA